AUGGUGGCUGCUAAAAGCUCCAGUUCAAAGUCUACCAGUAAUAGCUCUGUGAGUAAUAAAGACGGUGUGGUGGUCAAUGAUCUUACCCACCUGAUUACCAGAUCGCCACCUUCUCCUAAAGGGCGAGGCAGAGGUCGUAAUAAGUUGAAGAUGCCACGCUCCUCGAAAAAUAAUCGUCGUUCAUACAAAUCUAAUAACAAUAAGAGUAAAGAGACGGGCAAAAUGUCGUCUUCUGGUCGUAUUUCGGACGAAACGCUAAUUAGGUUGGACGUAGAAGCAGUUCCGCCAGAAUACGAAGAGAAGCCACGUGAAGAGCGUCCAUAUACAGAUUUUUUUCCUGAUUUGGACCUUCAAGAGCCUCUAAACUUGGACAUUUUGCCUGCAAAAGAAGAUAUGCCUACAAGUAACGUAAAUGGCACAGACACCUCAGAAUCUAUGCACAUAGAUGAUUUGUCCGUUGAUGAAAAUAAAACUUCGGAUCAAAAAAAUGACUUAGAUCUACAAGAAUCUAUGAACGGAGAUGAUUCGCUAGUGAAAGAAGAUAUAUUACCAGUUAAGAAAAGUAAUAUGGACCCUAAAGAACCUAUGAACAUCGAUGAUUUGCCUUUAAAAGAUGUUAAUUCUCCGGAAUUAAAAAGUCAAUAUGCAUCUACAGUAACAGAGAACAAUUCUGAAUCUUUGGUUUGUCAAGUAGAGAAAGUAUCCAAUAAACUCGUUGAAAUACAGGACUUCAAUGAAUCCGUGUUGACUAAAGAAGCACAGCAAGUUAAUCAGGUCUUGUUUAUUAAAGAAUCACAAGAACCAAAUGAACUUGCAUCAUCUCAAGAAUCGAACGAAAUUACCACUUCUCGAGAAACUAUUAUGAAAGCCGGUGAACUCAUAACCACUAAAGAAACACAAAAAAUUAUCAAUAAAGAAUCCGAAAUAUUAAUAAUCGAAAAAAAUCUAAAUAAUUCAGAAACAGCAAAAAAAACUUUUGAACAAAAUAACAUUUUAAUGGAAAUCGAUGAAAGAGAAACGAAUUCAGAUAUGAAAGCAAUAAGGCUGGAUGAAUUAAUUGAUAAUCUAACUCUCGUUGAAAGUAGUUCGUCCAAUAUCUCAACGGAGAAAAAAGCUCCAAUAUUGAACAGUGAUAACCUUUCGGAAAGUUCUUCAUCCACUCUUAUAACCACCGAAAAAAAAGUUCACAUUGAAAGCACUUUUACUAACACCACGAAAAUUAUUGAACAGAAGCGUCUUGCUAAUGGUCAUACAGAUGAAAGCAAAAGUAAAGUUGCCUUAAAGUCUACGGAAAAAAAAUUAUUGAUCGAUUAUAAAGUUGAGAAUUCGGUAUCCCUUAAAAAGUCUGAGAAAAAACUUCCCGUACCUUCUUUUCGUCGGGUCGACGUCACCAUUGUUGAACAAGGACAAGAUUCUUUUGAUCGACCCGAAGGACAUUAUCUACGAUAUUUAGAACCCACCGAAAUGGAACUUGCCGAUCGAGUUGAGUAUGAUAUGGAUGAGCAAGAUUUAAUAUGGCUUAAUAUGCUAAAUAGUGAGCGGAAGAAAGAGGAGCUUGGUGAAGUAUCUCCGGAAGAGUUCGAAGCAAUAAUGGACAGAUUAGAAAAAGAGUGGUUCGACUUGACAAAAAAUAUCCCUAAAGCACAAUCCGACAGGGAUAACUUGCAGCCAGAAGAUUCGGCUUGUGCCAUUUGUGACGAUGCCGAGUGCGAGAAUAGCAAUGCAAUUGUAUUUUGUGAUGGAUGUAAUUUAGCGGUUCAUCAAGAUUGCUAUGGGAUCCCAUAUAUUCCAGAAGGACAAUGGUUAUGCAGAAAAUGCAUGAUAUCUCCUGAAAAUCCAGUAUCAUGUAUAUUCUGUCCGAAUGAAGGUGGAGCUUUCAAACAAACAACUACCAAUCAUUGGGCCCAUUUAUUAUGCGGUAUUUGGAUUCCUGAAGUGACAAUAUCUAAUGCCGUAUACAUGGAACCAAUCGACAAUAUUAACAGAAUUCCGCGUAGCCGUUGGCGAUUGAUGUGUUAUAUUUGUCGCCAAAAGAUGGGUGCAUGUAUUCAAUGCGAGAACAAACACUGUUUUACUGCCUUUCAUCCUACCUGUGCACGAAAAGCCAAAUUAUGCAUGAAAAUGAAGUCUGUCAGUUCAUACUAUGAUAAUUCAUUAAAAGCAUAUUGUGACAAGCAUACUCCGCGCGAGUAUAAAGAUGCGGUAGAUGUUUCGACAACCGUUGCUGCCGCACAAGCUGCCUUUGUAGCAAAAGCACCAGCAAUAAAAAAGCGAAAAUUAUACAAACAAUACGAUUCCGAUGACUCGGACGAAUUCAUUCCCGAUGAAGAAAAAGAAGAAUCAGAAAUCGAUCUCGAAGACGAGGAUGAAUUUUACGAAGUGAACAAUGGUGUAAAUAAGCGAAAAAGAGGACAAUAUUCUUCUUCUGAAAGCAGUCAAAAUCGUCAAGAGGCUGAAGAGGAUCACAUUAAAACAGAACAUAGCGUGGAACAGGGAAAUAAUAAGGCUGCUCGCGCGUAUAAUCAUUCUUAUUCUGCAAGUGCACCGAUAGCGCCAGCCAUUAUAAUGCAAAAAUUGUUACCAGUUCUUCAAAAGUCGAAAAAUUUUUUGCGAAAGAAAGGAGAUUUAGUGGCAACUAUCUGCAAGUAUUGGUCGUUAAAACGUGAAUCUCGUCGUGGCGCUCCCCUGUUAAAGAGACUACAUCUUGAGGCAAGCAAAUUUUUCUUUUCAUCUGUGCUCAAACAAACCGAAGCUGAAAAAGCUAUAAGAUUUGAGAUAAUGCGUGUUUUACGUAAAGAUAUUGAAAAAGUACGAAUGUUAGCGGAUUCUGUUCAAAGACGCGAAAAAGGAAAAUUGAGAAGAUAUAGAAUGAUACGAACUAUGCUCGAGACAAUUUUGUAUCCAUUGACGAGGAUACUUCGAGAAGCUUUGGAAGAUAUUCAAUUAUUAGAUAAACAGGAACUAUUUGCUAAGCCAGUGUCUGCGGAAGAAGUGCCUGAUUACUACUUGCAUAUCAAAAAUCCAAUGGACUUUAGUACAAUACGUAAGAAAAUCGAUACCUACGUAUACGAUGAUAUUGCUUCAUUUAAGGAGGAUCUAGAAUUGAUCUUUCGUAAUGCAAUGACCUAUAAUACAAAUCACACGACCUAUUUUAGGACCGCGCGAAGGAUGCAAACUCAAUGCCAGGAAAUUCUCGUGAGAGCAGAAAAAGAAUAUGCUGAGUUGCCGGUCAAUCCAGAAACAAAAAUGCUCGAUAUCGAAUUAAAUCCCGAAAUUUUUACUUUUAAUAUGGAUCCCUUGGUAUUACCAAAUCGUGACACAGAAGUAAUUGAUGAAAAAUCAGAUUCGGAAGCAGAUGAUGAUAAGAUAGUGGUGCCAAUGGACGUGGAGACAGUUGCCCCUCGUAGAACACGAUCAAGUGUAGCCAAGGAAAAGGUGGAGGAAACACCAAAACGAAAACAGACAGCAGAUCCUGAUAAGGAAAAAGAGGAAAAAAAACUGCCCAAAGGCUGGGUUUAUGUAAGUGAAGACGAAGAUGAUGAGGAGCCAAUUGAUGAUACUGAAGAAACCCAAGAGGAUACCGGAAAAGUUACAAGGAACAUAACUAUUGUUAAUAGUUCUACAACUACUAAGUCUGCAACAAAUGUUUCAACUCGAACAAGGUCACGUAGCGUGAGUGAAAAUUCUGUCGUUGGAGAGUCCUCCACUUCAAUAUUUCCUCAACCUGAAGAAACCGAGUUGGAGGAAGAUCAGGAUGUGCCCAGGACUGACAACGAUAUGACCGGCCCUACUACUGAAAGUGUUAACGAUGAAGAGGUUUCCGAAAUCGCACAUGGGAGUGUAGUUUGGGCAAAAAUGCAAGGUUUCCCUUGGUAUCCAGCUGAGGUUGAAGACCCAAGCAGCUCAUAUAUCACACCCGAAAUUAUGGCUGAUCGAAAGGAAGGCGAUACAUAUCUCGUUCAUUUUUUUGACGAAAAAUAUGGAAAAAAGGGCGGUCAUGGACGUACUUGGAAAUGGGUCCCGGCAUCUAAAGUUCUCCUGCUUGGAAACGACGAAGAAACCGAUAUGGCGAAAUUGAAAGAUAAAGCAAUGACGCCAACUAUGAAGAAAGAAAUCCCAUUGGCGUAUGCUGCCGCGUGUUCUACGAAGGGUCUUUCAUCGUCUAUUUUGCAUAAGCUUGGAAAAAAUGUCAAGCUUGCGAAAUCAUCCAAAGUCAAAGGAAAAAAAUAUUGA